UUGUCAUUAUACUGUUUGACAGCGUCACUGACGGUCACUCUAUUCGCUCCAUUCUGCAGCAAUUCAUGUCUGUGGAAAGUUGAUCGUGCACACGAUUAAUUUUUUCGACUAGUUAACACGUUUUCAAUUAUACAUCGCCGUGAUGUCUUCACGCAAGAAAGGAAAAAAAACCAAGGGACAGACGCUUGCUCUGACAGAAUUUUUGGCUCCCGGUGGAGUUCCUACUGUUCCCAUAAAGACAACCAAUUGGGCCGAUGAUGUUGAUGACGCGCAUGAGUCAGGAUAUAUGUCCAGAAAUUCUAAAGAGCCGGUUGUUUUACCAACUGCACCAAGAGCAGCUCGAGGUCCAGGUGUUGACGAAGAAAAUAUCCCAACAAAUCCACCAUAUGUGGCAUAUAUUUCAAAUUUACCUUAUGAUGUUGUUGAAGAAGAUCUCACUGAAUUUUUCCAAGACUUGGAAGUGUCAAAUAUGCGUCUUCCCAAAGAUUCAACUAAACUUCGCGGGUACGGAUAUGUUGAAUUUGCCGACCGCCAGAGUCUUAUUGAAGCUCUUUCGCUGACUAGCUCGAUGAUUAAAACGAGACGAGUAAGAAUUGAAGUAUCGAACAGCAGCAAUGAUGACCGUCGUGGAGGAAGAAUGAAUAUGGGUCGAGAUAAUCGUCGUGAUGGAUAUGAUGAUCCAGAACGAACAUCUGGAGAUUGGCGAAAACCCAGAGAUGAACCUGCUGGUGGAGGCAGCGAUGAACGCUUUCGUGGGCGUGGUUAUGAGCCUCGAGAACGUCGGGAAGAAAGAGAAGUUGACAACAAACCAGGUGCUUGGAGAGAAGGUGACAGAAGCGUUCCAUCAUUUGGUGAAAGACGUGGCUAUAAUGAUGAAAGAAGUGGUGGGUCAGCUUUUGGCGAAAGACGUGGAUACAAUGAAGAUCGCGGGCAAUCAACGUUUGGUGAAAAACGUGGAUUCCGUGAAGACAAUCGUCGAGGAUUCAGAGAAGAAGGAGGAAAUCGACGCGGCUUUAGAGAUGAAGAUCGUGGUGAUUCUCGCCGAGGUCGAGAUGAUGAUCGGGAAAAAGAUCGUGACUGGUCACGAGAACAAGGGUCAGGAGGAGGUACUUGGCGUUCAGAGCAAUCUUUUCGUCCAGAAGUAGUUACUCCCCCAUCAGAGCCACGAACCAGACCUAAGUUGAAUUUGCAGCCACGUACAAAGCCAAUUGAGCCUGUAGCUGUGGCAGAUGAGCCAAAAGAAGUAACAAAAGAGAAAGAAUCAGAGCCAAGACCGGCUCCAGCUGCUGUGCCAGCAGCAAAUAUUUUUGGAGCAGCUAAGCCAGUAGACACUGCCGCUAGGGAACGUGAGAUUGAAGAACGUUUAGCACGAGAAUCUGAAAAAGUAAAAACUACUGAGGAACCUCAAGGGGAAAAUAAAGCUACAUGGGCUAAACGAAAUGGAGAAGCUCGUUUUGAGCGUGAGAAAGAAAAGCCACGAACAGCGUGGCGUGGAGAUCAAGGAGGAGAGAACAGAGGAAGGCAAAUAGAAAGACGUCAAGACUCGCGUGGAUCGCAAUCUGGACGCAAUGAAAAUCGCGGAGAUGCUCGAGCUGAUUCUAGGGGACCACCAAGCUCGCGAUCUGGAGGAAGCUACCGUAAUGAAGGCAAGAGAGAACCUGAACCUCGUCGCCCUGCUGAAAAAGAUCGCAGAUCUAAAGAUCGAGAAGAUGCUCCAAUGCCUAAAGCUGUUGAUGAAGAAGCUCCAAAUUUCGUGUUUUCCAAUAAAUAUUCAAUGCUACCAGAAGAUGUGGACACAGAUAACAUGGACGAUUAAUUCUGCUCAUUGAUUAAUUUAAAUUGUGCCACAAAAAGCAUUAUUAUUGGUAAACUUUAUAUACAUAAUGAUCAUUUGUUUUAUUGCAUUAAAUAAUAUAUUAAAAUCAGCGCACGACUCGCGGUAGAUCGCGCAAAGAAAUUUUUUUGAUUGAUGAAAUACUUCAUUUUAUAUUUCGUCUAUUUUACCAUUUAUAUUAUUCUGUAUCGAUUGAGUUUAUUCGUAUAUCGUGAUCAUUGAUAAUUUAUAAAAAUGAAUAUAUA